AUGUACGGAACACGGGUGCGUCGUGACCGUACGUUGGAAGAGCUUAUUCCCGAGUUGCGUAGCAACCCACGGUUUGUAGUGAAUAUGAGACUCUGCCCAGGACGGGAGCCCAGAACCAGUAUCGCGAUCUUUAUUAAGACGCUUACGAACACGAGUAUCCUGCUUCACUGUGAGACCACAGAUGCUGUUGCUUAUCUCAAGUGCAGAAUUCGGCACAAGGAAAACACUGCUGUAGACUUGCAGAGUCUUGUCUUCGAAGGCAAGCAGCUCGAAGAUCAUCUCCAACUCUGUUCUUACGGAAUCGAGAACCAUAGUGUAGUGCACUUGGUUCGGAUGAUGCGUGGCGGCGGAGGUCCGUCGCGAAUGUUUGCAGAUGUCUCGGACGACUCAAUUCUGGUGGUGCAAGAGUUUUCACCCAAUGCUCCCGCAUGGCGUAGUGUCUACAGAGGACUGAACAUUGAGGGACGGUGCAAGAACGUGGAAUGCGUGGCAUUUCAACAAAUGAUAAUCCACCCCAAGCGCUAUGAAGCAUUCAAUCUCAUGCGAGAUGGCGACAUUCAGUGCCCGAUGUGUCACAAAAAGGUAAAGCCUCGAACGUGUGGGUUUUACGGUUGUUUCUGGAAAUUUGACGGCACGCAAGAGCGCGAUGGGUAUUCGAUCAUUUCGCAGUGGAAGGAUGCUUGUGGCCGUAAGUACCAUCGCUUUAAUGCAGACAAAAUGAUUGGCUCUGUCGAGUGGGAGAGCCUAUUGAUCGUAGCCAAACCGAGGGAUGAGUCGACAACGGUGAUGCUAUCGUCAACUGCGCAGCCUGCCGGAUUGAGCAGAACCAGUAAGUGCACGAUCUGCUGGUCGGAGAUUGGCUCAACACCCAGCGGCUUCGUUAUUACGAUCGGGUGUGGACAUAGCUUUCACUGUGCUUGCAUUGACAAUUGGUCAGGGUGGUGUGACAGGAAUGGCACACUACCAAGCUGCCCUGUGUGCCGCAGAGAAGUGAAGUCACCUGGUCACGCUUAAGCUGCACGACUGUUGGUGAGUCUGGUUAACGGAGAGAGAUGUAGCAGCGAAUGAAGAAGCCACCAAGCCACAAACGACCAAGCCAAGUUUCUUUUCUUUUUAUUAAUUUUUCUUUUUAGAAUGGUAGCAAUAAGUCACCCGUUUGCACUGGGUAACAAACGAAAUGCAGCCUCGCGUUUACUCGUA